UUGAUACGUAGGAGGGCCCGCGAAACCCUGAGUGGGUCCACUUCAGAGAAAGCUGCGAUUUGACUUGUAACAGAGUCGCAACAUAGGGAAGACUUGCGGUAGGAGGCGCGGAGCGUUUCGUUUCUACUUAUAUCUAGUUUUUCGCGGCUGCCUGCUACUUUCUCUUCAGACCAGUUGCUGUUUUGUGUGUCUUCGAAACUCUUAAAGUUAUACGAAAUGUCCAGCACCCUCAGGCCAAGGCUGUGCGUUUUAGUUAAAGGGGACAACGGUUACGGUUUCCAUCUCCACGGCGAAAAGGGCAAGCUCGGUCAGUUCAUAAGGCAUGUGGAGCCCGACACCCCGGCCGCCGCCGCGGGUCUGCUGGCCGGGGACAAACUUGCGUUCGUGAACGGGGAGAGUGUGGAGGACGAGAGGCAUCAACAGGUGGUGUCCCGCAUACUAGCGGUCUCGGGCAAACUCGAGCUCAUCGUGGUGGAUGCAGAGACCGCAGAACUGCUUCAGAAGCAUAACUUGAAGUGCCAGAAGGAGUAUGUGACUGAUGGGAUACCGAUACCGAGCAGCGCUGGAUCGGACCAUGAAGAUGAGGUGAAGAACGGGACGUCACGGGAAUCGACCCCCGUCCCGGAGCCAAACGGGGACAUAAGCUUGCAGAGACUGAGCGUGAGCUCCAAGGAAUCAAAGAACGAUUUGCGUCCACGUCUUUGUCACAUGAAAAAGGGUGCUACCGGAUACGGCUUUAACCUACACACAGAGAAGUCUAAAGCUGGCCAGUACAUCAGGGCGGUGGAUGAGGACUCUCCAGCGGAGAAAUCUGGACUUCGACCUCAUGAUAAAAUAGUGCAGGUGAAUGGUGUUGCUGUGCAUGGGAUGCAUCAUUCAGAUGUGGUGGCAGCCAUUAAAGCAGGAGGAGAUGAGACCAGACUACUGGUGGUGGAUCCUGAGGCAGAAGCCUUCUUCACCAGCUGUCAAGUCCUGCCCACUGAGAAACAUCUCACAGGUCCACUUCCAGAACCUGUUGUCAGCCAUGAUGCAGAUGAACAGGUGAAUGGAAGGGCAGUGCAGGAGGAAAAGCCUAAAGUAUCAAUGAGUCUCUCUAACUCUAGCAGCACUUCCAACACAUCUGCUUCUGCGGUGCCAACCAGUACUCCUCCUCCAGAGGAGAAACAAAAAGGGAAAUCUUUAGAAGAAGAUCCAGGAUUAUCUCUGAGCAUGUCCCUGCAGCAGGCCAAGGAACGAGCUCAUCAGAAACGCUCCAAUAAAAGAGCUCCAUCAAUGGACUGGAGCAAAAGAAAUGAGCUCUUCAGCAACCUUUGAGUCGUCUUCGUGCCUCCCCUCUUUCUCGUUCGUCCUCUCUCCUUUACUUCUUUUGAUCAUGUUUUUCUUUGGUUCCUUUCCCCAUCUGGAAUUCUUUUGUUGUGCUUUUCCUGUGCAUCAUGCCUCUCUCUCCACCUCUGCCCUAUUUAUCUUUUCUUUUCUCUUGUACACAAUUAGAAACCUCUUUCACAUGUAUAUUUUUUUAAACCAGUGUUAUUUUGCCGCUGUGAUUUCUGAAUCUGUUGAUUAUAAUGAAGAAAUGUACAUCUAAUUUUUGUUUAACCAAAUUUUGUCAACUUGAUUUACCUCUAUCACUGAUAUAAAAUUAAAUAUUAGAAUUAAAGUUAGUUCACCCAAAAUUCUUUCCCUGUUUAGUCACGAAUGUUGUUCCAAACCCAUAUGACAUUCUUUCUUCCAUGGAACGGGACAUUGUGCUGCUCUUUCUCAUACAAUUUAAAGGGACUCCGGCUAUCGGUGGCCACAGAAGAAAGUCAUGCUGGUUUUGAACAUGAGUGUGAGUAAAUGAUGAUACAUUUUCAUUUUGGGUGAACUAAUCCUUUAUUAUUACUGUAUGUAUAAUGUACAGUCUAGAUUCUAGAAUAUAAUUUUUGAAGAAGACUCAACAGAGAUCUGAAUCUCUUAUUUACUCAUAUAUUUUCUUGGUUUGCUUAAUAUUGAUGCAGUAUUGAUGGCCCUUAAGAGAAUUAUAUGACUAUUGUAUUAUAUGAUAUGAAUUAUGUGAAAGCUAUUUUCUUUCAGAUAUAGUCUUAAAGUAUGAGUUUCCAAGUAACUUUGAGCUGCAAUCCUAAAAUAAUAAUAAUAAUAAUAAUAAAAAAAUAAAAAAAACAUUUUGUUUGGUUACAAUACAUCAGUUAAUAUUAUAAUGCUACAGCCUUCUAAUUUUGUAAAUGUGAGCUUUAUAAAAAAUGGUUUAGGACCACUUAACCACCGAAGGAUGUUACCAUUUUUUACUGAAUUACUUUUAUUUGAUAAUGUUGGCUUUAAGAACCUUCUAAAUAAAAAGGUUUUAUUCAAAAUUGUAGUGCUUUCAGAACUGGAUAUUUAAGUACAAAAUGUUUGUGGCAUAAGUUUACUUUUCAAACGUGCACAGUAUUUAAGUUGUAAUAAUACAAAUAUUGAAAAGGACCUUCUUUAAAUAACUGUUAAAGAACCAUGUAAGUCUUUGUUCUACACCAAAAAUUAGAUUUUACAAUGAAAGUUCCUGACAAAAUUUGUCAUUUUAUCAAACUUGCUUGGGGAAAAUUUGAAUAUUAAUCAAAUAUUCCUAAUAUGUAUCUAAUGCUAAAAUUUUUUUUUUUUUUCAUAAUGUUAUAUUUUAAAUUGUAUCAUGUAUUUUAAAUUGUAUCAUAUUCACAUAUCUUUUGUUAAAACAGAAAUGCUAGUAAUUUGUUAUCUUGUGUGUUUGUGAAAUACACAACGGGAAAGCCCAUCGAGCCUUCCAACAAGCUUCUCACAAUAAGUUACUGGAAUUUUGGCUCAUUCCUCCAGACAGAACUGGUGUAACUGAGUCAGGUUUAUAGGCCUCAUUGCUAGCACUCGCUUUUUCAGUUCUGCCCACAAAUUUUCUAUCAGAUUGAGGUCAGGGCUUUGUGAUGGCCGCUCCAAUACCUUGACUUUGUUGUCCUUAAGCCAUUUUGUCACAACUUUGGAGGUAUGCUUGGGGUCAUUGUCCGAUUGGAAGACCCAUUUGCAACCGAGCCUUAACAUCCUGGCUGAUGUCUUGAGAUGUUGCUUCAGUAUAUCCACAUAAUUUUCCUUCCUCAUGAUUCCAUCUAUUUUGUGAAGUGCACCAGUCCCUCCUGCAGCAAAGCACCCCACAACAUGAUGCUGCCACCCCCAUGCUUCUGACAAUGGUCAUUAUGGCCAAACGGUUAAAUUUUUGUUUCAUUAGACCAAAGGACAAAUCUUUGUCCCCAUGUGCACUUGCAAACUGUAGUCAGUCGGUUUUGGAGCAGUGGCUUCUUCCUUGCUGAGCAGCUUUUCAGGUUAUGUCGCUAUAGGACUCGUUUUACUGUGGAUAUAGAUACUUGUCUACCUGUUUUCUCCAGCAUCUUCACAAGGUCCAUUGUUAUUGUUCUAGGAUUGAUUUGCACUUUUUGCACCAAACUACAUUCAUCUCUAGGAGACAGAAUGCGUCUCCUUCCUGAGCGGUAUGAUGGCUGCGUGGUCCCAUGGUGUUUAUACUUGCAUACCAUUGUUUGUACAGAUGAACGUGGUGCCUUCAGGCAUUUGGAAAUUGCGCCCAAGGAUGAACCAGAUUUGUGGAGGUCCACAAUUUUGUUUUUCUGAUUUAUUUUGAUGUCAAGCAAAGAGGCACUGAGUUUGAAGGUAGGCCUUAAUAUACAUCCACAGGUACACCUUCAAUUCAGUACACCUCCUAUCAGAAGCUAACUGGCUAAUUGUCUAAAGGCUUGACAUCAUUUUCUGGAAUUUUCCAAGCUGCUUAAAGGCACAGUUAACUUAAUGUAUGUAAACUUUUGACCCACUGGAAUUGUGAUAUAGUUAAUUAAAAGUGAAACAAGCUGUCUGUAAACGUUUGUUGGAGAAAUUACUCAUGUCCUGCACAAAGUAGAUGUCCUAACUGACUUGCCAAAAGUAUAGUUUGCUAAUAUUAAAUCUGUGGAGUGGUUACAAAAUGAGUUUUAAUGACUUCAACCUAAGUGUAUGUAAACUUCUGAAUUUGGUCUGAGCAAAUGUUUUGAACUACGCUUGUUAAAAGUGCCAGUAACCUCAUUGUCACGAGAAGAGAAAAACAGAUACAUUUUAAGUAUCCCUUUUAAUUCAGUGUAAAAAGUUUUUGUUUUCAAAUUCAACAGACAUUUUCACAGCCAUGCGAACACAGUUUGAAAUGCUUGUAAACAAAUGAACAUAAAAUUCAACCAACAAAAGUCCCCCUCCCCCCACUGUUGAACUAUAUACAUAUACGCUAUCAAACCCUAUAUCACAGCACACAUCAUCAUCAUCAUUAGAAAUAAAGCAAAGACCAGAUACAGACUAUCAAAAAGUUACAAACCCAACACCCUCACUGUUAUGUACUAUGAGGGUCUAUGUUAGUUCUUUUUUUCUUUUUCAUUAUUAUUAUAACAAAUGAUUUGGCUACUUGUAUCCAAAAUACAGAUUUGAAGUUAUAAUCACCAACUUAUAAUUACAGACUUAAUUAUCCUUUAAUAGACCUAAUGAAUGAGUUAUCAAAUAUAUAUAGCACCAUGAUGUGAUUACUGAGGACAGAGGGAACAUCACAAAAACCCGUGUUAGUAUUGAGACCAGAAUGGCACUGGUCCUCAUGAAAUUCUCACAUUUGCUGCAUGCACUGAUAUUCAUCACUCUACUGGACAACAUAUUUUUGUUUAUAUUUUGUACUCUAUUUUUAAACCAAUAGCUUUUCUUAUGUAGACACAAAACAUAACACAGAGGAUAAGGCAUCAAUUCUGCUGACUAGAGAGUGUUAACUUAAACGUGAGGUUGUGCGUUAGGGUUUAAUUCAUUUGAGUGUAGCAGCUAAAUUUGUCUCAACAGUCAUAUUUUAAUCAUUGCAAAUGAUUAAGGGAUUUUGGUAUUAUAAAAAAAUAAAAAAAAAGGAAUUGCAAAUUUCCAUGAUUAGAACCAGUGUGUACCUAAAUCCUGAUGCUAUGGUUGGGAAGAGGAAAAACAUUCAUACAUUAGAAAGAAUUGAAACCUAAUGUACCAACACAACAGAACUGAAGUAUGUUGAUGCUGCAGAUGAUGUAAAUGUAGCUACAAAAAAGUCCCAGUUUUAAGUUUACAAAUUAAAUACAUGACAGUGUAUUACAUUUUAAAAACUAACUACACAUGCAUACAACACAACACCUAUGGAAGAAACAAAGAUCAACAAAUAAAAAAUAAACCAACAAACAUUUGUUUCAGAACAAACAUUUGUUUAAACAACUGUUAAAAGAAAAGCAAAAAACAAACAAAAAAGAACACAUUUGAUCCUUUAUAAAACAAACUAUAAUUUAACACGGACCUAACCAUAACAUUGGGGUGACCAUUUACAAAAGUUUAAUCAGCAUUUAGAUAGUUCAAAAGCUGAUGGAAAGCAGAGGAGAAAGGAGGAAAAACAUGGUCACAUUUGUCAGGAGCUUUGAAUCUUAGAAACAAUCAAAAACUGUAGCAUCUUAAAUCUAAUCGAAUGAUCAAGCACUUAGCCGCGGACCUUCAAAUAAAGCAGAAGUCAAUGAAAUACGUUUCCUGAGAGUUCCCCAACAACCUUACUGGUAUUGAAUAGAGCUUAUAAUUAUACUAAGAUAAACCACUAUGCACAUGUAAAAUCAGUUGAAUUCUAUAUGAUGUCGUAAAGGUUAUGUACACUCAGAAUAUCCUGUAACAGGGAAAGCUCAAGUCUAGCUCUUAGAAAAUUGUCAGUUUCUCAAUAUAUUGUAAGAAUUAUAGAUAUGAAGUCUAUAGAAUUUAUCUAGCCUAUAUAUAUAUAUUUAUGCAUUUGAGUUUUUUCAGAGCAAGACAUCAUAAAACCAAAUAGACAUUAUUAUUGCAUAACAUUCUCCAUUUCAAGGACUCUGUCAAUAACAUGCUAUGAUACAAAUAUAAACGAUGUGUAGACUUCUAAAGUGAAAUAAGCCAUGAUUCCAAGUGUGGAUAUUUGUCUUUUGCAUAAAAUAUAAUGAAUAUACCCUUUCAAACAGAGCAUGAAAACUACCUAUUGCAACCUUGGUGAGGCUGAGGAACCAAUUGAACUUGAUUACACAUGAAUCCUCAAUCUGUGUGUAUUUAAAAAUCACUUGCAUAUAGAGGUAGUAAAAUGUUUUGUUUUUAUUCUGGAAUGAAUGCUGUGAUUUAAGUGAAAUACAUGGGAUGCAGAAUUCCUCUCAGAUUAGACCUUGACGGUCACUGAGGAGAGGCUGGUAAACAAACAAGCUGCUGCUGUACUGUUCAUAGACUAAAGUUUUAUAUAAGAAAGAAAGAGAUGUUUCUGAUACUAGAAACAUAUCAGGAGUUUUCCAGAAGAAUUCUCUGCUGCGCUGUCACAUAAAAAAUGACAGAAAGGUAGUGUUCAGUUAGCAAUGAUUGCUUAUGUUUUAUUCUGUGGCUCAAGAAAUACUUCAAUCGUCCCAUAUAAAAAUGGCUCUUGAGUAUGAAAUCAAAAAGAUAACAACAUUGGCGUAUUCUGUUUUUUUUUUUUUUUGCAUAUCAAU